AUGAACAACGCUAUUCCAUCUGAUAUCUGGGAAACUAAGCGCAUAUUAAUUACAAAGUUAUACAAAGAUGAAGAAUGGCCUCUCAAGCAUGUCAUCAAGCUUAUUCGGACAUCCGAAUUUUGCCCUAGUGAGACCCAGCUUCGGAGCAGAUUAAAGAAGUGGCAUAUCACCAAGCCGUCCCGCAAGAAGUACGGCAGUCACAAGACUCGGUCUGAGAAGAGAACCUCACCUGAAGGUUCCCAAUCAUCGCCAUUUCUAUCAUGCAGUUCAGGCGAUAUGAAACAAAAGCUGCCCAUUGUUCACCUAGAACCAUUCCAGUAUGAUAGAAAUAGCAGAAAGCAUGACUCUAUUCCUCCUGAGAAAGAGGAACGGUCCAUACCUAAACUAUCAAGUGCGGAGCAGCACAUGUUGGAGACCCAAAGUGGCCAGUAUCUGACGUCCCUUGAUACAUCUGUCAGACAGUUUCCCUGUACCCCAGGUACGGUACAAGAUUUCUUGGAUAGAAUCCUGUUAACUUCAACACCCCCGAAGCCCUCAUCGCAUUGCACCCAUGAAUGCACAGAAAAUACAGCGCUAUCAGAGGAUAAAGCAAUAGACUCCAUAUUUCAGUGGCAAACGGAUUCAAUCAAUGCUAAUAUGGAUAACCUAAACUCCAGCGGCGUAAAAGAUCAAACGGAUCACGAUAUGGAAAUGGCGUCGGUUGCAGUCAUGGUACGCAUCCACUUCAAUAUACAGCUCUCCUCCCGUGGUGCAUGGGUGGAAUUUUACCGUGCAAAAACGCAAAUAACUUGCUUCACUCCCCGAAAACUCCUGCUGGAUCCGCAUGUAUUAAGAAAGAGAAAAGGUCUGGAAAGUGUUGUGAAGGGGCGUCAAAUUUGA